CUCUUUUCCUUUUUUUUGAAAUGUUUCAUAAAAGACUAUUCCACAGUUCAAGAGCUGCACUCUACAACACUUUAACACCACUUACUCAUCUUAAGCAUUCCCAUCUUCAGCGAAAUCCAAACUUUGCAAAGAUAACAGAUAAAGAUAUUGAAUAUUUCAAGGGCAUCCUCUCCUCAAAUAACAUACUCUAUGAUCCAGACCCAGAAAGCCUCGAACUAAGACAGCAUAACACUGACUGGUUCAACUUGUAUAGAGGCUCUGCAUCACUAUGUUUAUUUCCUACUUCAACAGAGCAAGUUUCAAGCAUACUAAAAUAUUGUAACCAGCGUUCCUUGGCUGUUGUCCCACAAGGCGGCAAUACAGGUGUGAGCGGAGGAGGAAUACCUGUUUUUGACGAAAUCAUCAUCAACAGCUCGAAGAUGAAUAAAAUUAGACAUUUUGAUGAUGUUUCAGGUGUAGCUGUUGUUGAUUGUGGCGUCAUUUUGGAAAAUCUAUCCCAGUUCCUGGAAAAGAAGGGCUACAUAGUACCACUGGACCUGGGAGCAAAGGGAUCAUGUCAUAUUGGUGGAAAUGUCAGUACAAACGCGGGGGGUUUACGUUUUAUGAGGUACGGAAGCUUACAUGGUAAUGUCCUCGGUCUUGAAGUGGUGCUGCCUGAUGGCACCAUUUUAGAUAACUUGUCAACACUUCGCAAGGAUAACACGGGAUAUGACUUAAAGCAGCUGUUUAUAGGCGCAGAAGGAACAUUAGGGUAUGUGACAGGUAUCUCGCUACUGACGCCCAGGUUACCAAAUGCUGUUAAUGUAGCAAUGGUUGCUUUGGAUUCGUUUGAAACUGUUCUAAAAGCAUUUGUAAUGGCAAAAGAGGACCUAUCAGAGAUUCUAUCAGCUUUUGAGUUUUGGGAUGUUGAUAGUGUAGACGUGGUAAAGUCACAACAGAUAAGUGAUGUAAGCUACCCAAUAGAAGGAAAGCAUGCCUUUUAUGCAUUGCUUGAAACACAAGGAAGCAACGGAGACCAUGAUCAAGAGAAAUUGGACGCGUAUAUAGCACGACUUUUUGACACAGGCGUAGCAAAGGGAGGUGUUUUAGCACAGGAUACAAAGCAAGCUGACUUCUUCUGGUCAUGGCGUGAAAAGAUUCCUGAAUCAAUUGCAAAGAGUGGAACAGCAAUGACUUAUGACUUUUCAAUGGAAGUACCACUUCUUUACAAAAUGAUCGAAGACACACGCGACUAUUUCAACCAAAAGGGACUGUUAGGCAAAGACAAGCUAUUUUCUAACCUUAUAGGAUUUGGCCAUUUAGGAGAUGGUAACUUACAUCUUAUGGCUAAUUUAAACAAAUUUAGUGAAAAUGGACAGAAACUGAUGGAUGAUUAUGCAUUUGACUGGGCCAUCAAGCACAAUGGGUCAAUAUCCGCUGAGCAUGGCAUAGGCGUAGCAAAAGUCGGCUAUAUGAAUCAAGCAAAGUCAGAUGUACAACUUCGACUAAUGCGUAGUUUGAAAGAUGUAAUUGAUCCCAAGGGUAUCAUGAAUCCAUACAAGAUUAUACCAAAAGAAUAAAAUAUAAUGAAAUUGAUUUUAUUAUAAAUUUUUCUUGUUAUUCUAAGCAUCAUAGAGUAUCCCC